UACAAUUGCUAAAUUAGAUAUGAGUACAUCUCUGCACUGAGGCAGUUCAGAUUGAGGCAGCCUUGGAACUCCACAAGACCUUCAUCGAGGAGCGAAGGGCUUGGGAGGAUGUACCCCACGUCAUGAAAACCUGGAGAAGAAUGGCCCUCAUCAAAAGGGACACAGGAAGCUUUUGAUAAGGAGUAGAGGGUCCCAGAGAACCCACACAGUUGGAGUGGCCCAUGCAAGCAAGAAGUUGAAGGAGGUGGGCACCAAAGCACGCUUGCAGGGGAGGCUGACCAUGCAUCGUUUAUCCUUGAGGUGGGACCCACGUCCAAGGAUAGCCACUGCCACCGGUGAGAAGCUGCUCUGCUGGUGGGUAGCUCCUUCUGGAGGUCCCUCUCCAUCAGGCUCGAGGGCCUGAGGGGGCAUUUACAGGACACGCUGCAUUGCGGUGCUUUGUAUUACAUGUCUCGGUGGCUGAGGAUCCAGGAUAAAAAUAAUUCUCCAGUAAUGAACAGCUGCUGGUAAUGCACUGCCCGUCUUCCCGAAUAACUCAGUGCAGAUCUACCCACCUGUAAAACAAUGUCAUUUCUCCUACUGUGUCCUAACAGCUUGUUCUGGGUGCUGUCGAGGCACAUUAGAUUGCAUCAGUUCAACACUGGAAAUUCAUUCAAGACAUUUUUCCAGGCUUCCUGGUUGCUCUUGUUGGGAAUAAUCCUACUGUGUUCUCCAGCACAUUGUUCUGUUUUUAAAAUUGGACUGCUUGGACCCUGGAACUGUGACCCUUUCUUUUCCAAAGCCUUUCCCCAUCUGGCUGCCAGGUUAGCAGUGGGACGAAUAAACAAGGAUCCUUCACUAGAUCUUGGCCACAGGCUGGAUUAUGUGGUCCUGCAGGAAGAAUGUGAGACAUCAAGAGCUUUGGUUAGGUUCAUUGACUUUGGAAAGUUUUCCUCAGCUUUCAUAGGCCCUCUGAACCCUGGCUUCUGUGAGGUGGCUACACUUUUAGGGGAAAACUGGAAUAAAGCCAUCUUCUCAUGGAUGUGCAUCAACUAUAAACUGGAUUCCACCAUCCACCACCCUACAUUUGCAAGGACCCUGCCCUCUCCAACCCGAGUUUUGUUUACAAUAAUGAAUACUUUUAACUGGGCUCACAUUGGCAUCAUUGCUUCCAGUGAGGAUAUUUGGAUGGACACAGCCAACAAGUUAGCAAGUGCACUCAGGAACCAGGGGCUUCCUGUUGGCAUUGUUACAUCCAUACGUAAAGGAGAGAAAGGCAUUGAAGACACCUGGAAUGAGAUUAAAGAAGUUGAUGGCAUUAGAAUUAUACUCCUGUGCAUGCAUUCUGUGCUCAUUGGAGGGAAGGAACAGGCCACCUUACUCACAAAAGCUCUGGAAAUGGGACUUGCAGAUGGAAGAUACGUCUUUGUUCCAUAUGACACUUUACUGUACAGCCUUCCUUACCAUAACAACCCAUUCAAUGUCUUUGAUAAUGACAGCAAGCUCCAGGAAGCCUAUGAUGCUGUACUGACUAUCACACUGGAGUCUGGAGAAAGGACUUUCUAUGAUGCAUUCAGAGAAGCUAAAGAAAGUGGUGAAAUAACUGGGAAUUUGGAUGUCACCGAGGUUUCUCCACUCUUUGGAACAAUCUAUGAUGCCAUUUACUUCAUGGCAAUGGCUAUAGACAGUGCUCGGAGAAAAGGAGCCAGAGUCUCAGGAGCUAACAUAGCUGAGAACACGAAAAACUUCAGUUUCCCUGGAUUUAGUCACUGGAUAGAGACAGACAACUGUGGAAGGGGUCUGAGCAACUAUGUGAUACUGGACACAGAUGGUUGGGGGAACCAGCUCUUCCCAACCCACUUGCUGGACAUGUCUUCAAACUCUGUGAAAUCCCUAGGCCGGACCAUCCACUUUCCCAGUGGAGCUCCACCCAAGCCAGACUCCAGCUGUUGGUUUGAUCCAGAUGUUCUCUGCACUGGAGGGAUUGAGCCUAGAGUAAUGUUUAUGGGAGCCAUGCUGGUAUUUGCCCUGGUGCUUUGUGCUGCAGGCCUGGCCUCUCUCAUCAGGCAUAAUAUCUUGAACAGCCAGCUAUUCAGGGGACCUAACAAGAUAAUACUGACUUUGGAUGACCUCGUCUUCAUCAACCCAGAACUACAUAAAAAGAGGCUGACCUUGGACAGUCUGACUGAUGCAAACAGCGUAGCAGCUGAUGGAAGAAGCGUGAAAUCCGUAACCCGCUCCUUUUCCUUGAAAAGUGAAGCUGCCACCUAUGAAACCUCCAACGUGGCUUUGUAUGAGGGAGACUGGGUGUGGCUGAAAAAAAUUGAGACGGGAGCAGUUCACAAUCUGCGGCAAAGCUCCACCAGCAUCUUGAGAAAGAUGAAAGAUCUGCGUCAUGAAAAUGUGAAUCUGUUCCUGGGCUUUUUCUCUGACUGUGGCAUCUUUGCCAUAGUGACGGAGUAUUGCUCCCGAGGAAGCCUGGAGGACUUGCUGAGAAACGAAGAUAUGAAACUGGAUUGGAUGUUCAAGUCCUCACUCAUGAUGGAUCUAAUUAAAGGAAUUAAGUAUUUGCACCACAGAGAUUUUGCCCAUGGACGUCUCAAGUCUCGUAACUGUGUUGUGGAUGGUCGGUUUGUACUGAAGAUCACUGACUAUGGUUAUAAUGACCUCUUAGAAGCACAGAAAUGCCCAUAUAUUCAGCCACCUCCAGAAGAAUUGCUCUGGACAGCUCCUGAGCUAUUGAGGGACCCGGACAUGCUCAGAAAAGGCACAUUCAAAGGGGACAUUUACAGCUUUGCAAUCAUCCUACAAGAAGUGAUUGUUCGGGGCCCACCAUACUGCAUGUCAGAACUCUCAGCUGAAGAAAUUAUAAAGAAAGUGAAGAAGCCCCCUCCCCUGUGCCGCCCAAACAUAGCCCCUGAGUUGGCCCCCCUGGAGUGCAUCCAGGUAAUGAAGCAAUGCUGGGGUGAAGCACCCGAACGACGUCCAACCUUUGAGGAGGUAUUUCUUAAGUUCAAAACCAUCAACAAAGGGAAAAAGACCAAUAUCAUUGACUCAAUGCUCAGGAUGCUUGAACAGUAUUCGAGUAACUUAGAAGAUUUAAUCAGGGAGCGGACCGAAGAGCUAGAGGUUGAAAAACAGAAGACAGAAAAACUUCUGUCACAGAUGCUUCCCCCAUCAGUGGCAGAAGCCCUCAAGACUGGUGGCACUGUGGAGCCAGAGUAUUUUGACCAGGUCACCAUCUACUUCAGUGACAUUGUGGGCUUCACAACCAUUUCAGCCCUCAGUGAACCCAUUGAAGUAGUUGACCUUCUGAAUGACCUUUACACAUUGUUUGAUGCUGUUCUGGGAAACCAUGAUGUUUACAAGGUGGAGACAAUUGGUGAUGCUUACAUGGUUGCCUCGGGGCUCCCAAAACGCAAUGGAAACAAGCACGCAGCUGAGAUAGCCAACAUGUCCCUGGACAUCCUCAGCUCAGUGGGAACAUUCAAAAUGAGACACAUGCCAGACAUCCCCCUCAGGAUACGAAUUGGGCUGCACACAGGGCCUUGCGUGGCGGGCGUGGUGGGGCUUACCAUGCCACGGUACUGCCUCUUCGGAGACACAGUGAACACAGCAUCACGAAUGGAGUCCACAGGCCUGCCUUACAGAAUUCAUGUCAGCCAAAGUACAGUGAAUACACUUCGAAGUCUAAAUGAAGGCUAUGAAAUUGUACCUAGGGGAAAAACAGAACUGAAGGGUAAAGGAGUAGAAGACACAUAUUGGCUAGUUGGGAAAAGGGGCUUUCUGAAGCCCUUACCUAAACCUCCUGAAAUAAAGCCAGGCCACAACUCUCCAGAUGUACUGACCAAGAAAAUCAAAUCUGUCCUGAAGGACACAAAGAGGACACUGACAAAAGCAACCUUUAAAGAGCUGGCGAACAUGAAGGAGGAUGGAAUAAGUAUUGAAGAGGAUGAAAUCUGAGAAGAACACAGUAAAGAACUAGUAAGAUCGGGAUGGACACCUUGAAGCCAACCCAGCAGAGGAGCUCACACCUUCCAUUUAAUUCCCUUCCAGCCCAAAGCAAUAUAAUUGAGGAAGCCUCUUAGAUCUUGCAGAGGGUGAACUUGAGCAGGCACUUUAAUCCUGACCAUCAUUUCUUGUGAAAUUGGGCACCAGCUCAGAGCUGUAUGUGUGUUUUUGACAGGGGUCCACAGGGGAGAAAAGUAAUGGUGAUAAUGAUGGUAACACCAGCUUUGCAUCAGCAUCUGUCACAAGGAUGAGCCCAAAGGAUAUUUUAGGUAGGUCUGCAUGGCAGCACAAACAUGUCCAGCUGCACCUGGGCCUGGAUUUUAUCAAUAAUGCCAAGUGCUAAAGUGGUUUAACUGUUUUGCGUUAAAUAUAAUUGUUGUUGUUGUAGGAAACUCAGGUUUCAUGAAAAUUAGUGCGAUUCAGAAUAAAAUGUUUUUGACAGCAACAAAAAAUAUUUUUUACUCCCCACAAGAGGAAAUUUUGAAUCAAAUUGUUUUGUUCCUCAAUGUACGUCAAUUUAAGCUGAAACAUUUUAUUUUAAAUUGACAUUUCAGCUGAAAAUGCCAUUUUAAUGAUAUUUUCAAACUGAAAUGACAGUUUUGAAAUGAAACAGUUUGGUAUGAAUCAAUAUUUGUUUCUAAAUGCCAAAAUGUGAUUCUGCUCAAAAUGUCAAAAUAUGUCAUCUUCACAAUUCCAGAUCUAAACUGGAAGAACAUUUUGUUUCACUUUAUACACACACAUAUAUAGCAUAUCUAAAACAUUUUAUGAUUUUCAUCCCAAAGCAGGAUGAAAACAGAAUGCCAAGAUAUUGUAGAAUGGAGAUGCAGAGAAUGACAUCCUGCAGUUCCUUUAGCUGAGUAAUAAUAAUAAGAUAUAAAUUUUUUUUCCUGCAAAAGUGGGGCAGUACAUCACUUCAGCAGUGCAAAGCCUAAAACACAUCACUCUUUUUCCUUCUCAAUCUCCAAGUGGCCUCAAAGGCAGCUGUCUUCAAAGUAAACCUCCCAGUGAGUAAAAAUACCUUUCUGCAAAGGACUAGCAUUUGGCCUGUAGGCAUUUCUCUUGGAGCACACUUCAUCUAGGCCAAAUAAUUUUGUUGCUGGCCACUACUUCCUCCAGGUUUUUUACUCUUGUUCAACAUCUGGCUUCUAACACACUUCUGGGAAUUGUUGUUUUUGCUUCUGCAGGGCUGAAAAGAACUGCAGAUAUGGUAAUUUAAUCAAUAUUACCACCGGAAGGUGCUCACUGAAAACAUGGAGACCUUUCUCAAGCUAAGUUUGAACUCUUCUCAUCAGAGCAACCAGAUCAGGUUUUUAUCAUUCAGAUGAUAAAUAAGUCAACAACCACUUGACAAACCUUCUCUGGUCAUUACAAAUAUCUUUAUGAAACGAGGAAAUCCAGACUCCACAAAGCUAAGGAAGAUAGUAUUUUCACAACAAAUUCACUGUAGCAAGUAUAAAACACAUCUUCUGUCAAAGUAAGAGUUGUUUGGAGUAUAAACAUCUGAAAAGUGAAAAUGGAAGGGAAAUUUGUUAAUGAUCUUUAAUAAUGAGAUUUUACUCUGUGGCACCUGGUUUUGUGAAAGAAGCUUUUACCUAUUUAGUGGUGAGAGUUGAUAUUCCAGGUGGGAGAAGUUGGCCCUGGAAAGAUAUCUGUCAAAAGGCUCAUACGACACUUGAGCUGUCAAAGAGGGCUUAGGAACGCUUUCACCUUCUGCACUGUGCUCACUGUCUGUUUGCAAAUUCAUUUAAGAAUAAAGUCCUAUAGAAGAAACAUGGGCCAGGCAAUUCUGACACAAUAUACCUCAGUAUACAGUUCCAGGGAGGGACAUUGUCUGGAUUGGUCUGUGCAAAUGUGAGUUUAAAAUCAAACAAUUUCUGCAUAAUUCAUUAUUUUCCCAUUAUUUUCCCAUGUUAAAAACACUGAUCAGUGCUGUUCUGUUGCAUACUCGUGUGGUUUCAACCAACCUGGCCUUACGUCUUGGCUAAAGGGAAUUGCAAGUUGUGGCAGGCAGAAAGCACAUCCUCCCUAUGGAGGACAGAAAAGCUCUUCCUCUGCUCUCGGUGUCAUAUUUCCAUGCAAGUGAGAGUUACAUCAAUGGAUUUUGCUUGAAAAGGCCUAUGUGGAAUCAAGGCUGGCCUCCAAAUGAAGAGAAAUACCUACAACGAUGUGCAAAAGGAGAAUCAUCUGGCUAAAUCUAGCCCUAUAAGUUGCAGUCUGAGACAGUCACCCAGACUGGUCCCCUAACAGUCAGAGAAGGGAAACAGGCACUUCCCAGGAGUGUUUCUUAAUCUCCUACAUGUAGAAACUUCUGUGUGUGCCGGGUGUCUCAGCUCCCACUACAGUUAAUGGAGAUCAAGUCAAAAAGUCCAAGGAACCUAAUGACUCAGCUGUGCCUAAAAUGGGUGCCUACAUCUGGCUAGCAGUCACCCCUAAACUUCACUGACUACUGGCAAGGUCUCCAUUCAAACAACGGGAGCCUGGUGCAUGCAGAGAUACACAAAUGGAGAUACCUGUGAUACAAUUCAGCUGCUGAAACACAGGUGCUUAAUGCCAUUUAAGAUGCCAUAGAGUACCUACAACAUCCAGUCAAAGCUGCUAAAGAAGAUACAGGAUCAGACCCUUUUGCAAUGGCAGCUGGAGGCCAGGCAGCAGACCCUAAAAUCUGAAAUAAUACCAGACAGGUAUGUUUUAUGAGAUAUGCCUUUAAAGUUGGGUGUCUUAAACCCAAAGUGAAUCCCAUCCCAGAUUACCUGCAUUCAGAUGGAUGAACCAUGCCCUAAAAGUGUUCGCCGUCGACUAACAGGAGCUGCACUGAUCAGCUCAGGUGGAGAAACCUACUUCACAGGUGAAUAAAGUCAAGUUGGAUGAGCUUCACUCCCACACAGAUAUCACCAUUGGUUCAGAGGAGGUGCUGGACUCCCCGACCUUUUCCCUCAGUCUGGAAACUCUGCUAUUUGGCUUGCCUAGAUGUGCUAACCCUCUCUGAAACACUUGUUUUUCCCAGCACACAAGCAAAAUGGAUAUAAAGGAAGAUACAUAUGAACAGAAAACACAAUCUGUGAAGCGAAUUACCCCCUGAAAACCUUCCCAUCAAUCCAUUUAGCUGGUAAUCUGGCAGUGAACAGGAGGGACAGAGACCUUCUAUUUCUGCUAUAUAUCAAAUUAAACAUAUGUAAAUGCAUGCAUACAAAAAAAAAAAAACAACCCCAAAACAAAAAAACAACCCAACAAACAACACACCUCUUCAAUCUACCACUAUGCAUAUAUUCUCCUUCCCAAAAUCUACACAUAGGUUCAGAUACAUAUAAAUUUCAAUUUUGGGGUACCUGUUUUUUUAUUUCAUGCUUACCCACUAAGAAAUAAUCUUUUGAGUGUGUGUUUUUGUUAGUCCAAGAAAAGAUAAUUUUAAGAAAAUGCUGGGUAGCCAAAAAUUGAAUUUUCCAGCUGAAGAUGAUUUAAACAAGAGGAUUUUAAUCUGCCCUUCUGCACAGUUUUUGGAUUCUUUCUUCAGCCUGUAGUCUUCUAAAAUAAACAACAUUCUUUGAAUUUAUUAAAAAAAAUAAAAUAGUAAAUCUGUGGGAAAGGGUAGCAGAGAAGCAAAGUUCUAAUCACUGAUGACUUUAGUAAUCCCAGGAUAAUUCUUAAUUCUCUUUGAAGCCAGUGGUAUUUUUUGCCUCUUAACUUCAACAGGAAGAGGCCAAGGACUCAUCCCUGAGUGUGAUAACCUCUACUGUUAGAAAGCCAUAAAAUAUAUUUAUAUUUUCCUGGCAUUGUUCUGUUUAGACAGGUUUAGGUUUACUCAUGAGAUUUCUUCCCAUACUAACUGUGAUUAUUGUAUCAGGAUCUUUUCUUGUUAUUUUGCUCCUAAAGCUAGUGUUUGGAUGUUGUAAUGAAGAAGAUGGGGGCUGGAAGCAGCAAAUGUAAAUUUUGUAGCUCCACAUCAGACUUCUCAGGUGACUGCGGACAAGUCACUUGGUGGAUUUCUUGGAUAGUGAAGCACACACUCUAGAAACCACUAUCAACAAGAACCUACCAUGUGAUUGCUGGAGGUUUAACAACUAACGUUAUAGGGAGAUUUUUAAUGUAAUCGUGCAAACCCGCUGAGAGCUGUAGAAGAUAUAUUUAUGCACAAUAUACACUGUCUGAAUAUAGUUCAUAUUUCAUACAGUAUUUUUAACAGUGAAUUAAAACCAAAUGCCAAUAAAUAUCCUUGGAGACCUAUCCCUCCACCUGAAA